AUGCUUAAAAAGAAGACGCUGGCUCCGUCUCUCUUCUUUCGGAACCAUACUCCUACCGCAACCCCCGAAUUGUCCCCCACCUCCUCAGACAGCGACUCCGAAGAGGAUAUGGAAUCUUCUGGCUCCCGGCCGGUCAGCCUAGCCAUCUCGUCGGGGGCCUUCUCCAUGCGCCCGACGCUCAACGAGGUGCUGGCCAACGUUGCUCCUCCUCCAUACACCUUGAGCGCCUUCAUGGCCUACCUCUCCCAGAAUCACUGUCUCGAAACAUUGGAAUUCACCAUGGAGGCCAACCGCUACCGGGAUUCCUACUACGCUCUGGCCGGACGACUGGGCCCUGCCGCCUUGGAAUCGGACUGCCCCGAGAAUCAGCACCUGCGAAUGCUCUGGAAACGCCUAUUGUCUGCAUACAUCUUCCCCGGGUCGCCGCGCGAGAUCAACCUGUCGAGCGAAGUCCGCGAUGCGCUCCUACAGUACAAGAAUGUGACCGCGCCGCCCGUGCCCGAGACGUUAGAUUCCGCCGUGAAGCGCAUCCACGACCUGAUGGAGGAGUCCAUCUUCCUCCCCUUCGUCAACAGCCACACCACUUCCCCCUCCAUGGGUCCUUCCGAUCCCUUUGUGGGGCCCGAUGACUUCAUGAGUCUAUCAUCGACGAGCCUAGACGAGCACCCGAUCAAAACAGUCCGGUCGCGCGUGUCGAAGCGCACCUCCCCGCAGUCGUCUACCAAGGAUCUUCCUGCAACGGGUCACAACCGCUCGACCAUGUCCCUCGGCGCCAUGCAUGCCCUCGGAAAACGCACCUCCGGCGCCCUUGGAAGCACCAGCGGGGAGUCAGCUUACCUGUCGCUGACCGAUGACUCCAGCUCUAGCCCCACCGCUGAGGAGCCAAUGACGCCGCCCACCACACCGCCUGCCAGCGAGCCGCAUCUUCCCAUGCACAGUCCUAAGCUUCGCACCGAGAACCCUUGGAAGAAGAUGGGUAUGAAGCUUGGCUUCAAGAAGCGCUCCACUACAGGCAGCAACGGUAGCAAUCGCGAUCCUAAGAUUCUUGGUCUUGACGAUUAA